AUGGACAAUAUCAUCCUCACUGGUAGUGAUUCCUCACUUAUUCAGACCUUUGUUUCACGCCUUCACAAGGAAUUUUCAGUUAAAGAUUUGGGUUCUCUGGGUUAUUUUUUUGGGGCUCGAGGUCACUCAUUUGCAGUCAAGACUCUUUCUCAGUCAAGCUACGCUCAUGACAUUCUCGCUCGUGCUGACCUUUUGGAUUCUAAACCGGUUGCUACUCCGCUUGUCACUAUUGACACCUUUCUCAGCAAAGGUACUCCGUUUCAUGAUCCAACUCUUUACAGAUCUUUGAUUGGGCCCCUUCAGUAUCUCACCAUUACACGCCCGGAUCUUUCCUAUGUUGUAAAUCAAGCUAGUCAGCACUUGAAAGUUCCUACUUUUUCUCACUUUCAAUCUGUCAAGUGCAUAUUGCGCUAUGUUAAAGGUACCAUCUCGUUUGGCUUAACCUUCUCCGAGCCCACUACCACAAAAUUAGUGGGCUACUCUGAUGCAGAUUGGGCCAGAUGUAUUGAAAUGAGGAGAUCGACUUAUGGUUAUUCAAUUUAUUUGGGUGGUAAUCUUGUGUCAUGGAGUGCAAAGAAACAACCCACAGUUUCCCGCUCCAGCUGUGAAUCUGAAUAUCGGGCUAUGGCUAACACUGCUGCAGAAAUCAUCUGGCUCACUCAUCUUCUUCGAGAGCUUCAUGUGCUACCUGAGGCUCGUCCCACUUUACUUUGCGACAACAAGAGUGCCAUCUUCUUAAGUCAGAAUCCAGUCUCUCACAAACGCGCUAAGCACAUUGAUAUUGAUUAUCAUUUUGUUCGAGGGCUAGUGUCUUCAGGUCGUCUUUACACAAAGUUCAUUCCAUCCAAUCUCCAGGUUGCGGAUAUUUUUACCAAGAGCCUCUCGCAACCCUUAUUUGAAAAGUUUCGUGGCAUGCUACGAGUCGGCCCCCACCUAUUCGAUUGCGGAGGGGUAUCAACACAACGCAAAUUAAGGAAUGAAUUAUGUAAUAUUAUUUUCUAA